AUGGGUGGUCCCGGUUUCGUUGAUGGUCAAGCUCAUAAUGAGCUCGAUAAUUUUGAUCCGUGUAAAUUUACCGUGAAUGGUGUUGAAUAUUAUAGUGCUGAAAACUAUUUUCAAUGUCAAAAAGCUACAACACCGGAGGAUCACGAACGAGUGCGUCAGGCGGGCAGUGGUGUUGCUGUCUGGAGCGCAGGUUUGCGUGUAAAUCCUCUUCGUUCUGACUGGGAAUCGAUUAAAGUAGAGCAAAUGUAUAUUGGGAAUAAGGCAAAAUUUGAACAAAAUCCCCGAUGGGCGAAUAUCUUAUGUGAAUCAGUAGGACGGAUCACUUUUCGCGCUUCUACAUCAUUUUGGAACGGAUGGAACGGAUUGCUUCUGGAACGAAUACGAGCAGAAUUACGUCACAAUGGAAUCGAAGACGAUAAAACAGUGAUGAGAGUUAAGAAAAUGAUGGAACAAUAUGCGAAUGAUCAUCGAGAAAUAGAAACGAAUAUGGUCACAUUACCUCGCAACUCUUUUAUUAAAUGGUUUGCCGACAAAACGUCGAGCUCUUAA